AUGAACUCCUCUUCGGAGAAGGUCGCCGCCGGCGAAGUCAACAACAUUGAGAAUGCUGACUCCAAGGCUGGCUCCAAGGCUGGCUCGGAUGUCCACCGCUCGCCUGCCGACUUUGGCUUCACGCCAGAGCAGGAGAAGGCCAUUCUCAGACGGGUCGAUCGCCGUCUCGUCUUGACUGUCGGUGCCAUGUACUGCAUCUCGCUCAUGGACCGUACCAACUUGGGUGCCGCCAACAUCGCCGGCAUGGGUGUUGAUCUCGUCUUGAUUGGAAACCGCUACUCUCUCAUCUCCCUCUUGUUCUUCGUCACCUACAUCAUCUUCCAGCCCCCAUCCACCAUUCUUGUCCGCAAGAUUGGUCCCAGAUUGCAUUUGGCUGCCAUCACUGUCUUGUGGGGUGCCGUCAUGAUUGGUAUGGGUUUCGUCGUGAACUGGGAGCAGAUGGCCGGCAUGAGACUUCUUCUCGGUGUGUUGGAGGCUGGCUUCUUCCCCAGCGCUGUCUACCUUUUGAGCACCUGGUACACUAGAUAUGAGGUCGGAAAGAGAAACGCCGUCUUCUAUCUCAUUGGUUCUUGCGCCAGUGCCUUUGCUGGUAUCCUGGCUUACGGAAUCAUGCAAAUGAAGGGCCUUGCUGACAUGAACGGUUGGAGAUGGAUCUUCGUCAUUGAAGGUAUCCUCACCUGCGUGCUCGGUCUUGUCGGCUACUGGCUCCUCGUCGACUUCCCCGACUCCAAGAGAGAGUCCUGGUCUUUCCUUGGCCCCACCGAGAAGGAGUGGAUUUGCGCUCGUGUCAACGCCGACCGUGGUGAUGUCAAGGUCCAGGAAUUCUCCAUCAAGAAGUACCUCGGUGCCGGUCUCGACUGGAAGAUUUGGGCCUACGCCAUGAUCUUCUUCAACACCACCACCGUCACCUACGCCCUCGCCUACUUCUUGCCCAUCAUUCUCAACCUCGAGCUCGGAUUCUCGGUCGGCGAGGCUCAGUGCCUGGUUGCUCCUCCCUAUGCCUUUGCCGCCAUCAUCAUCUACCUCUCUGGCUGGAUCGGCGACAAGUACCACGUCCGCGGCCCCGUCAUUGUCGGAAACAUCAUCCUCUGCAUGAUUGGUCUCCCCAUCAUGGGCUUCGCCAAGAGCUCGGCCGUCCGCUACUUUGGCGUCUUUUUCGUCACCGCCGGCGCCAACGCCAACGUCUCGACCGCCCUGUCCUACCAGGCCAACAACAUCCGCGGCCAGUGGAAGCGCGCCUUUUGCUCGGCCACCUUUGUCAUGUUUGGCGGCAUCGGCGGCAUCGCCGGCUCGCUCGUCUUCAGAGGCGAGGACGCGCCCCACUACCGCCCCGGUCUCUAUGCCUGCAUUGCCACCAGCGGUCUUACUCUGAUCCUGGUUGGCAUUCUCAGCUUGAGCUUCUACCGGUCCAACAGCGCGGCCGACAGGGGCGAGAAGGAGCUUGAGGCUGAUGGCGAUGAGGAUUAUGAGCCUGGGUUCCGUUACACUUACUAA